AUGUCCGGAAAGGUGGAGACUGUCGGAGAGGAGCCGACCCCGGCCCGGGAUGAGGAUAUCGAAAAGAUCCCCGCACGGGUGGACAACCCGGAGCAAAAGAUCUCGGACCAGAUAUCCCACGAGAAGCUCGAGGAGCUGGCGCCCAAUGGAGAAGGAGAGUACAUUCUGGAGAAGAUCAACGAAAUGACGGAAGAAGAUGCCCUAGAAAUCAUUGAAGAAUCCGUCGAGUUCUUCAAGGACGACUGGAACUUCCCCUCUGAUAUGAGAGAGAGAAUGAAGAAGCUGCUCGAGGGGCCAAAACAGUAUGGAGAGAACUACGACCGCGACUUGAGAAUUGAUGCUGUCAUGAUCCGCUUCUCCUCGCCCUACCCUGGCGUUCGCGCCGUGGCUGAGAUCCUGGACGACCAGAGCGUGCCUAUUGAGACGUUCCGCGCAUACUUCCUGGGUAUAGGCUGGGCUAUCAUCGGAACUUUUAUCUCGACGUUCUUCAACUCAAGGUUCCCCGCCAUCAGCUUAAGUGGCCAAGUUAUCCAGAUCCUACUGUUCCCAUGCGCCAAGGUCCUCGAGUUCGUUCUCCCCGACUGGGGCAUCACCGUCCGCGGCACGCGGCACUCCCUUAACCCAGGGCCGUGGAACUUCAAGGAGCAAAUGUUUGCGACCAUCACGUACAACAUUGCCAUUUACACCACCAACAGCUACGGCAUGAUCCUGGUGCAGAAGUCGCCAGUCUACUACGGUCUCGAUUUCGUCAACUUUGGCUACCAGCUGAUGCUCACUCUCUUUGUGCAACUCAUGGGUAUGGGAUUCGCCGGAUACCUCCGCCGGUUCAGCGUGUACCCCGUCAAGGCCCUCUGGCCGACUAUCCUACCGACAAUUGCCAUGAACAGAGCGCUCACCAGGCCGGAGCCCAGGGAAAACAUCAACGGGUGGACAAUUUCGCGGUACAAAUUCUUCUACGUCGUGACCAUCUGCAUGUUUUUCUACUACUGGUUCCCGGGCUACAUCUUCACGGCUUUGGCUACGUUCAACUGGAUGACCUGGAUCUCGCCCCAGAAUGUAACGCUGGCAAUCAUCACAGGAUCCUCGCUGGGUCUUGGCUUGUUCAACCCCAUCACCACAUUUGACUGGAACAUUGCGACGUCAUCUUAUGCUGCUUUGGCACAACCGUUCUUCGCGACGUGUACAAUGUACAUUGGUGCCAUUCUGGGCGGUGUCAUAAUCAUUGGCAUCUACUACACCAAUAUGUACAACACGGCGUAUCUCCCAAUCAACUCGUCAUCUGCAUUCGCCAACGACGGCACCCCAAACCAAUGGAAAACAAUCUCCCAAGCAUACAUCGACUUUUACAAAGGCCUUCGCCACGGAAAGGGCAACUACGAAGGUGCAAUGGACGUCCACAGCAGACUCCUCGCAAAGUACCCCGAGGUCCCAGACUGGUGGUUCCUCAUCAUCCUCGUCGCCGCCAUCGUCGUCUCCGUCAUCUUCCUCAACAUCUACCCGCUCGGCACCCCCGUCUGGAUCGUCUUCCUCAUGAUCGCCAUCAACCUCGUCUUCGCCGUACCCCUCUCCUUCCUCUCCGCCACGACGGGCACGAACCUCGGUCUCGGCGCGCUCAUCCAGGUCAUCACGGGCUACCUCCUCCCCGGCAACACCAACGCCUUCCUCUUCUCCCAGACGCUGGGGUCGUGGGCGCUCGCGGGCUACGGCGACAAUUACGUCCAGGACCAGAAGAUGGCGCACUAUGCCAAGAUUGCACCGCGCGCGGUGUUCCGGAGCCAGAUUGGGACGAUCAUCAUUACUUGCUUCGUCGCUGUGGCUACGCAAAACUUCAUCUUGGAGAAUGUCAAGGGGUUGUGUACCCCGACGCAGCCUAGUCGGUUCACUUGCGCCAACGAUGGUGCUCCUCUUUACACGAACAGCUUGAUGUGGGGUCUUCUUGGCUCGGAGCGCAUGUUUGUGUCUUUCUAUCCUAUCCUCAAAUGGUGCUUCCUCUUUGGAACGCUCAUCGCCAUUGUAUUCUUGGUCGGCCAAGGCUACGGACCCAAAUAUCUCCCCGGCGUUCGAGAAAAGCUACGACUCAAGCUGAGUCCAAAGACAUUUGCUCGUCUGGACAAGACUCUCUUCCCCUUUGUGGCCUCUUUGCUGUGGCUCAACCCGGUACUCGUUAUUCAAGGCAUCCAACAUUGGGCACCGUCAAAUUUAUCGUACAAAACGCCUGGCUUCAUUCUCGGAUACAUCUUCAUGUACUGGCUGCCUAGACAUCGUCUGGCCUGGUGGGAAAAGUAUAACUACGUCCUAUCAGCUGCCUUGACCGCCGGAGUCGCCGUUUCAGCGCUGGUCAUGUUCUUCGCUGUGGGAUAUAACCCCAUUGCCUUCAAAUGGUGGGGGAACACGGUGAGCGGUGCAGGAGUUGACGGAUCUCAGAUCGGAAUUCUUCCCAUUCCUGAGAGAGGGUACUUUGGGCCUGAGAAGGGUAGUUUCCCUACAUAG